AUGGCAGAAGACAGCGCUGAGAACACCGUGACGCCACAGGCCAUUCAUGUCAGUGACCGCGCUAAACUACGCGCUGCACUCCAGGCCUCCGCAGCGCCGGUCCUGAUCCACCUCAACGCCGACACAACCUGGCUGUUGAGCUUGCCAUACCCACCCUCGACCGCACGACCGCCGGGCCGCAGUCGCUUCAAUAUCCUCCUCGAUCCUUGGCUUCAGGGACCGCAAUCCGAUGUCGCCUCAUGGUUCUCGACCCAAUGGCACCUCGUCGCGCCCUGCGUCCAGACGAUCGAAGAGCUCAACAGCCUGCUAGCUGAGGCGGAGCGUGAUGCUACAAGUACAAGACGAGAGGCAGAGAAUGAGCCCUCUGCCUCCAUCGACGCCGUGGCCAUAUCGCACGAGUUCACGGACCAUUGUCAUGAGGCGACACUGAGAGAACUACCUCGAAACACACCCGUGGUGGCGACCGAGAAAGCUGCAGAGCUGAUCAAGUCAUGGAAGCACUUUGACCAGGUCAUGACGACUCCAGGUUUCUCUUCCUCUACCUUGGAUUGGCAGAAGGCUCUCAGCAAACCACCGCUCCCAUCAUGGGUCGGCAUCGGCAGAGUUAUCACCGAGGGAAACGCCCUGUAUUACCAUUCAGCGGUCAUCAUUGCAUUCAAACAUUCAUCGUCUGAAGCAUCGUCUGACGGUGACACAGGAGCGGGCGCGGUCAUUUACUCGCCUCAUGGUAUCAAAGCCUCAGACUUGGAUGCUAUCAAUGCUGCUAAUCUCAACACGCUGGCCUUGCUGCACGGGUUGCAUGAUGUGAGGAUUUGGAUGACGAAGCAGCUGAAUCUUGGUGCACUAAAUGGCCUCGAAGCAGUACGCGCCAGUGGUGCCAAGUACUGGAUUGCAACUCAUGAUGAGAUCAAGAAGGGUGGCGGCUUGAUCGCGCCUUUGUUGCGGCGGACGAAGUACACAGUCACAGAUGCUGUCGAAAAAGAGACCCAGGCUCUUGGAGAGAAAGCCUUGGGUUAUAACUUUGUCGAGCUCGGCUCCGGUCAUGGACUUGUUCUGGCUUGA